AUGUCCUUUUUUGGGUUUGACACCAAGCUUCCGGAGGACCGUCCGGCGGCGUCUGCUCAGAGGGGCAUCUUCGACACUUUGGAUCCGUUUGCGGAGGUUGCUCGCGCUACAGCAGACAGAUCAGGUUACAACGACGAUGAUGCAAUUGACUUCGAAGAUACCUACGAUGGGCUUGGAGACCAGCUCGAAGAGGCAAAUGACGAUUUCAACGAUGACACCUUUGGAGAUGCUGCCGGAGAGCAGAAUAAGCCUGUGGGCAAGGACUUUGAUUUCUUCGGAAACACUGCUCAGAUGACAAACGUCUUGGGGGAGGAACAAGUGCUGUAUAACUUGCAACAUGGCUCUUCUAAGGCUGCUGCCCAGCCCGCCCUUCCUACACUACCCAAACGAACCGGAUAUGAAAAAUACCAGGACCCUGGCUAUAUUCCUGAAAUUCAAGCAAAGUCUAGUGUCUGGGGGACCACCGCUACUCAGAAACCAAAGACAACAGCACCUGAGACAACCCAGAAGGAGCAACCAGCGUCUGAACCUCCGAAGAAGAUGCUCAGCUUGGAAGAGGUGGAAGCUCAGAUGCGGGUGCAGGCCAUGAAUCCAUCACAGCCACCUCAAAGUCAACCCAUGCCGCAACAACAGUAUACGAGCCCUAUGCCUCAAGGCAUGCCUCCAAUGCAAUUCCCAAACCAACCGCUCCCUCACCACCCCGAGGCGCAUGGCCACCUCCCUGCUGAAGAAUUCCCUUCCCAGCAGUAUCACCCAAGUAGCAUGGCCCCACCGCUUGGAUUCCAACAACAGCCACAUCUGCAGCAACAGCACCCUGAACACGCAAUGCCAGGCACCAACUUACCUCUGCAUCUUCUGCAACAACAGCAGCAGCAGCAGCAGCAACACCGGCAACCUCACCAACCCCAGCGGCAUUCGGCCGGAGCUCCUCGCCAACAGGGAAAACCUCAAGGGCCAUACGCCUUGGAUCAUCCAUUAAUGGGGCAAGGCGGUAUUCCUGCAGCUAUGAACCCAAAGAUAAUGGAACUACCCGAGGAACAAAGGAAUGCACUCUUGUUAGAGGAUGCAAAGCGUGCAAAGAGGAAUCAUAAGAUUUUCCUCCUUUCCAAGGGAAACGGUUUGAUGACUCCUCAAGAUAAAAAUUUUAUCACCCGAAUACAGCUACAGCAACUGGUAACCGCGACUGGUAAUACCGGUGAUGCCAACCCAGAAUCUCUCCUCACAGAAGACUUCUACUACCAAGUCUAUAGCCAAAUCCGCGGUGCUCCUCGCCAACAUCCUCGCCAGCCCCUUGGUCAUUUUGCGCAAACAUAUCUAUCUCAAACUGGAGGACGUUCCGGUGGUAAUAUGAACCGGAAAUCCCAUUUCAGCGGUGACAACCAUAUGCAGCGCAUGCAGCAACAAAGUUCCGACGGGCAGAGGCCCUCUAGCGCAAAGAAAACACAACUCAGUCCUAGUGACCGCAAGUCAAUUCUACAGAACAUCGAAAGUGUUUACAUCACCUUGAUGAACAUGGAGAACCUUGUGCGCCUGAUGCCGCCAAUACCAAACCCAGGAGGAGAUGAAGAGGCGGUAGAACUAUACACGGAAUGGCAACGGAAAAUGCAGUCACUCAAGGAUAUACUGUGGGAGAGUACUAAAGUUUUGGAGCCAAUAGAUUCGGUAGCAGCUACCAUCCACCCUUUCAUCGCGUUCUUAUCAUAUCCAAAGGGCAAAAAGGCCAUUCCCCGGAUUUUCCACCAAAUCGACCAGGAACAACGCAUUACGAUGCUGACUCUGAUUAUUUACCAUCUGGAUACCUUGGAUGUCGUAUCGAGAGCCCAACUCCAACCAGGUGAAACUCAACCACCGGGCCCCGUUCGCGAAGAAAUUGAACUAUUCAACCAGGCCGUAAUGCCUAGCUUACUAGGAUACGUCAAUGAUGCUCCGAUCCACAUCGUUAUUGGCCUUCUCGGCUUAGUAAUUGAUAAGACCCAUAUCCACGCUGUCUCAAGAACGAAGAUCGGACUUGGAAUUCUAACUAUGCUGCUUAGUCGUGCUGAACUGGUCAAGGAAGCUGGCGGUGUCCCAGAGCAGGAACUGCUACAGUGGACUAAGGUCUAUAAUCGGCUGUUUGACAGCAUGGAACCAACUCUUGCCUAUAUUUUCCCUGGCACAAUCAACAGCGGUGAUGACAUGUACGUUUGGCAAUUUCUUGCUGCUAUGGGUAUUGGUGCAAGCCCAGAACAGCAGCAGCGCUUGGUCAUUGCUGUAAAGUGA